UAAAAGCUGGAGAUUUUCUGACAUUUUUUUUUAAAUAUGUAAAUGUCCUUUGUCAUUUUGAACAAUUUCAAGAAAAUCAGAUUAGAUUAUAUAAUAAGUUUUGAUAAUAUUAUUUUUGACCACACAUUUUAGCACUCACUUUUACAGUUCAGCAACCAGGAGUGUACUAAAUGUUUUUUUUUUUUUUUUUUUUUUUUUAAAUUAAAAAGAUUAUAGUGUAAAUAAAUUGAGCAUUUGAAUUCUGGAAAAAUAAAAAAUGUAAAGUUUUCUGAGGAUGUGAGUUGGGAGUUUCAUUGCUGUAAUACUGUGGAGUUGGUACUUAAAUGGUUCAAGUCCUAUCAGUUGGACUUUUUUUUACCAGUUUGGGGAAUAUUUGUCCUCUGACCCUAACUGAGGUUUCCCCUGGGCUCCAUUUUGCUGACAACACGCAAUAGUAAAGGUCACUCAAAUGAAAUGACAUUCACUUAAAUUUCUCAAUUAGACCUACCUAGAGAACAUUAAAUCAUGGUGGGAGAGAAUUCAUCUCCAGAUUAAUGCUAAGACUUAAUGAGGUUGUCGCAUUUAAUGUAUCUGGUUAUUUGACUCUAACAAUCUGUUAUAUACUCUUGAAAGAGGAAGAAUGUUCAUAGUCACAUGAAACUGAAUCAAGAUUCAUUGUACUCUAUUCAGUGCCUCCAUCUAGUGGCUGUACUUAAAGACAGAAAGAUCUUCGCGUUUACUCAGUCCCGAAUCUUAUUUUAUGCUUUUAACUGCACUUGGUGUUUUUCUUUCUUCAUUUUUAUGUGUGCACUUAAAACUGCUCCUCAAUAUUUGAUACACAAUUUAAAUACGACGAGCAUGUUCUUUGCAACAAACAAUUCAAGCCAUAAAAAUAUCAAAGGUCAAUAUUCCGCAGACGUUUCCUGCUACCUCAUUAUGACGCACGCAACGAAUUGUCGUCAGACGACACACGCAACGCAUAGCUUUUCUAACAAGAACGGGUCUUUUGAUAAACACCCUUUUGUGGAACGACAAGAUCAGGAGAAAUUUUUUAAGCGUCUUAGCAAGUGUUGGCAGCGGAAUGGCAGAGGCUAUGCUCGUAGAUCACGACCAGUACAGCUGCUCAAUAUGUUUGGAGUUGUUGAGGGAUCCCGUGACAAUUCCGUGCGGACAUAGUUACUGCAUGAGCUGUAUUAAUGAGUGCUGGAAUACAAAUGCAGAAGGGAUCUAUAGAUGUCCACAAUGCAGACAGGCCUUCAAUUCAAAGCCUCCACUCAACAGAAGUACAGUGCUUGCUGAAAUAAUGGAGAAACUGAGGAGUACUGCAAGUGCUCAAAGUCUUGCUGGACCUGGAGAGAUUGCGUGUGAUUUCUGUGCUGGAGAAAUGAUCAAAGCUGUCAAGUCUUGUCUGGAGUGUCGAGCCUCUUACUGUGAAACACAUGUACAGCCCCAUUAUAAUGUUCCUGCCCUGAAGAAACACAAGCUGGUGAAAGCUGCAGUCAUUCCAGUAUGCCCCAAACACGACAAGCUCCUUGAGGUUUACUGUCGAACGGACCAGAAAUGUGUCUGCAUGCACUGCUUACUGGAUGACCACAAGGGCCAUGACACAGUACCCUCUACAAUGGAGCGCAACGAGAAACAGAUAAAACUCACACACUCUUGUACAAAAGUCAAGCAGACAAUUCAGGCAAAAGAAAAAGAGCUGCAGAAGAUGAAAAUGGACAUCACAUCCCAUUCAGAUUCUGCAAAGAAGGCAGUGGAGAACAGUAAGAAAGUCUUCAGUGAAUUAGUCAAACUUAUUGAGAAAAAAAGCAAUGAGGAUGUGAUUGAAGAAAUAAAAGCUCAAGAAAAGGCUGAUCUGGAUCACGGGACAAAGCUACAAAAGAAGCUGGAGGGAGAAAUCACUGAGCUGAAGAAGAGGGAAGGAGUUCUAGAUGAUCUUCUACAGACAGAAGACAACAUCCAAUUUCUUCAGAAUUAUGAGACUGUGUCCUCUUCAUCUGGAUCUGAUGAGUUGCCGAGUUUCUCAUUUCAGCCAUACUGCUCUUUUGAGGACGUAAGAAAACUUAUAUGUGAUCUCACUGGAAGACUUGAGACUACUUGCUCGCAGGAAAUAAGCAAAACAAUUAAUAAAGUUUCAGAUUUGUCCACAAAGAGGCCUCCGUUUGACUUUGUAGUUGGAGACAGAGUCCGCGUGAAGCCAUCUGUUGUUGUUACUCCAAUACACAAAUGGGGAUCGGUCACUUUAUUGAGUGUUGGUGUUGUUAAAAAAAUUCAGGGUGAGUGGUUGACUGUAGAUUUCCCCGAACAAAGAAACUGGACUGGUGUAGUUUCAGAAAUGGAGCAUGUGACCGGUGCUGGUUCAGGACCUUCAAGUCUGGACUCCAAUAUUAAGAUUGGAGACAAAGUUCGUGUGAAACCAUCUGUUGUUACUCCAACCCACAAAUGGGGAGCAGUCACUCACAAAAGCAUUGGUGUUGUUCAAAAAAUUCAGGGUGACUCUUUGACUGUAGAUUUCCCUGAGCAAAAAAACUGGACUGGUAUAGUUUCAGAAAUGGAGACUGUGGCCAGCGCUGGUUCAGGAUCUUCAAGCCUGGAUUCCGUUAUUAAGAUUGGCGACCAAGUUCGUGUGAAGCCAUCUGUUGUUACACCAACACACAAAUGGGGAGCAGUCACCCACAAAAGCAUUGGUGUUGUUCAAAAAAUUCAAGAUGAGUCUUUGAUUGUGGAUUUUCCUGAGCAUAAAAAAUGGACUGGUUUAGUUUCAGAAAUGGAGCUUGUGACCAGUGCUGAUUUAGUUGACAUUAAGGUUGGAGACAGAGUCAGAGUGAAAUCUUCCAUAAUUACUCCAAAACAUAACUGGGGUGGACAUGUCACACACAAGAGUGUUGGUGUUGUAAGAGAUAUCAAAUCUGAGGAUGUGAUUGUGGAUUUUCCUAAACACAGAAGCUGGAAAGGUAUUCUCUCCGAGAUGGAGUUGGUAAACUAGGUAAACUCAGAAGCUGAAAUUUCAGGAUCCUCUCAGAUUGUGAGGAUGUGACUGUGGACGUCUCUGUUUACCUUUUGCUUUUGUGAAUGAAUUUUGAUCACUGAAACUUGACUAUGUUUUUAUUUGUAGUCAUGUGAACAUGAACAAUGACAUACACAUUGUUACUUUAAAAACUCUGUGGUUUUCAUACUGCUGUCCUUUACAGUACAGGAGAGUUAUUUUUUUAGAAAGAAGCUUACAUAAAGGGUUCACUAAUUAAGGUGUUUAAAAUUCAUUUGCAAUAACAAACCAUUCAGUUUGACUCGUGUAUUAUUGUAUUUGGUAAUUUAUUUGCUAGCAAGGGUGUUGCAGGUAGAAAGAAUGUUUUACAUAUAUAGACACUCUAUUGUUUAUCAACUGUUUUAGCUCUCGGAAAGAGCACAUACUCCGAAUUGUUUCAGUCUCACGUUAAUAAAAAAUCAAAAAUAAUCCAUUAUAAAUUUAAUAAUAAUAAAUUGCAAAUGUCCUGUCAAAAUACAAUACACACAAAUUCACGUUUGCUGUUAAAUUAGUAAUUUUUGUCUUUUGAUUGAAUUAAACUGCUCUGAUAUUCAGCCAUUGUGGCUAAAGCUAAUAUGUCUUUCAAUACAUGUUGGUCUACAAGUA